AGGAGAAGAAUAAUAAAGGCAGUUUAUUGACCACUCAAGCCCGUGAGACAUUUUAUCUUUUACAUAUUGUUAAUUCUGAUGCACUGGGUUAGGUAGAUGACAUUGCAUUAUACAGAUAACAUGCAAAGGGUCAGGAAAGUUUUAUGAUGUCCAGAUUGUAUGGCUGGUGAAUGGCAGGGUCAUUCUGUCAAACCUCCACCUAAGGUUGUAGUGGGGAGGAGACCAGGGCAGAGUCUCAGGAAGUGACAGGCUUCUCUGUGCAUGUGAUUGGUGAUCCCUGCUGCCCUGCCCCUGCCCAGCACUACUCUGCAGUACUCUUCUUUAGGGUUAUCCUAUAGUCCUGACUUCAUCAGAUAUCAAGCAAGCUAAGUACAGAUUUAAUUCCUGCUUCGAAGGAAAUAAGAUGACAAGGUAACUGGGGGAGUCUUCUCUGAGGUGACAUUUGAGUUGAGACAGGAUGAGAAUGAGCCAGCUGAGGAAGAGCACCCAAGGCAAAGGGAACAAGAGCAGUGGUCCAAUGAAGGGAAGGGCUUGGCACGUGUGAGAAGCUGAAAGAAAGCAAGGGUAACCGGAAAUGCCAACACAAGGAAAGAGAUGAAGUGAACUUAGAGGUAGCAGAAACUGGGUUAAGAAUGGCCUUCUAGGCUAUGGUGAGUUUGUUUAGAUUCUGUUCCAUGAACAAGGGGAAACCAUGAGAGUAAAGCAUGGGUUCAAUUUUUGUCCAAGAUAACUCACAGGUGGUAUUAAGUGGAAUGCUGCGUACAUGGUAUUGAUUACUUCAUAAUUUAGAAGUUGACAUUUGGGCAAGUGCAUUAAGAACACAUUGCAGGAGGACAAGAUGGAAGUAGGGAGUUGGGUUAAGAAGCUGUUGCAGUCCAGAUGAGAGGAUAGUAGUUUUGGACUAGGUAACCGUAGGGAUGGAGAAGUGGAUUCAUUCAAGAUAUAUUUUAGAGACUGCAGGAUUUACUGAUAGAUUGGACAACUGCAGAAUCAAAGUGAUAUUUACUGAGAUGGUGAAAAUGGGAGUAGGCUGGGGGCGGAGGGGAUGGCGCGGGUAUCAAGAGUUCCAGUUUGGGCGCAUGUAAGUUUGCUAUGCCUUGUGGACAUACGCGUGGAGAUACCAAAUAGGCUGUUGGUUAUCAGUCUGGAUCUCAGGGUCACUUCCAGACUGGAAUCAUGAACCUGGGAGUUAUAUUCAUAUGCAAAGCCAUGAAACCGGAUAAAGUCAUCCCAGGGGUGUAGAGAGAGGCGCCCUAACUCAAGAAAACUCAAGAAAACAGCUCAGAAGCUGUUCUGAACCUAACCAGCGCAGUAUGAGGAGAACUAGGAGCAGUUAGGGUCUAGGAAACCAAGAAUAGAGGCUUCCUAUUGUGAGGGCAAAACGCGAUGCCGGGUGUAGCGCUCGAAAGGAAAAACAAGGAGGCUUCGGGCAUCCCACCGCCAGGACAAAUCACAGCAACACCCACCCAUCCACGCCCCACUCCCGCCCCGUCCUCCUCUGAACAGCACCGCCCUCCGCUUUCCCGGAAGCCUCUGGGGCGGCUGUCCGUCGCCAUCUUGGUUGCCGGGCACCAGGCCGGGAGGCUGCGCGUGCGCGGGGGCCCAGCCGGCUCCGGCGGGCGCCGUGCGUCCCUGAGGCUGGAGGUCGGGGUUUGUCAGCGGCCGCGAUGACCCAGGCGGAGAAGGGGGACGCUGAGAACGGGAAGGAGAAGGGCGGAGAGAAGGAGAAGGAGCAGCGCGGCGUGAAACGACCCAUCGUGCCAGCGCUGGUGCCGGAGUCGCUGCAGGAGCAAAUCCAGAGCAACUUCAUUGUUGUCAUACACCCAGGUUCAACAACCUUAAGGAUUGGGCGAGCUACAGACACACUUCCUGCUAGCAUUCCUCAUGUAAUUGCACGAAGGCACAAACAACAAGGGCAGCCACUAUACAAGGACAACUGGCUCCUAAGGGAAGGACUAAAUAAACCAGAAAGUAAUGAACAAAGACAAAAUGGCCUUAAAAUGGUGGAUCAAGCAAUAUGGUCUAAAAAGAUGUCAAAUGGCACAAGACGGAUUCCCGUGUCCCCUGAACAGGCACGCUCCUACAACAAGCAGAUGCGACCUGCAAUUUUAGAUCACUGUUCUGGAAAUAAGUGGACAAACACAUCUCAUCACCCUGAGUUUUUGGUGGGAGAAGAGGCUUUGUAUGUUAAUCCAUUGGACUGUUAUAAUAUUCACUGGCCUAUCAGAAGAGGUCAGUUAAAUAUCCACCCAGGACCUGGGGGCUCCCUUACGGCUGUUCUGGCAGAUAUUGAAGUAAUAUGGUCUCAUGCAAUACAAAAAUACUUGGAAAUUCCACUCAAAGAUUUAAAGUAUUAUAGAUGUAUCUUGCUGAUUCCUGAUAUCUAUAAUAAACAGCAUGUGAAAGAACUAGUGAAUAUGAUCUUAAUGAAGAUGGGUUUUUCAGGGAUUGUGGUCCAUCAGGAGUCUGUGUGUGCCACCUUUGGAAGUGGUUUAAGCAGCACUUGUAUCGUAGAUGUUGGAGAUCAGAAGACAAGUGUGUGUUGUGUGGAGGAUGGGGUCUCUCAUCGGAAUACUCGGCUCUGUCUGGCGUAUGGGGGCUCUGACGUGUCAAGGUGUUUCUACUGGCUGAUGCAGCGAGCUGGGUUCCCUUACCGAGAAUGCCAGCUAACAAAUAAAAUGGAUUGUCUUCUUCUACAGCACCUUAAAGAAACUUUUUGUCAUUUAGAUCAGGACAUCUCUGGGCUUCAGGAUCAUGAGUUUCAGAUUCGACAUCCGGAUUCCCCUGCCCUACUUUACCAGUUUCGAUUAGGAGAUGAAAAACUCCAGGCUCCAAUGGCUUUGUUUUACCCAGCAACUUUUGGAAUUGUUGGACAGAAGAUGACAACCUUGCAGCACAGAUCCCAGGGUGACCCUGAGGAUCCUCAUGAUGAGCAUUAUCUGCUGGCCACGCAGAGCAAGCAAGAACAGUCUGCAAAAGCUACUGCUGACCGAAAGUCUGCAUCCAAACCCAUUGGAUUUGAAGGGGAUCUUCGUGGCCAGUCCUCUGAUCUUCCAGAAAGACUCCAUGCCCAGGAGGUGGAUUUGGGAUCCUCCCAGGGAGACUGUUUGAUGGCCGGCAAUGAAUCUGAGGAGGCUCUCACAGCACUGAUGUCCAGGAAGACUGCCAUCUCGCUGUUUGAAGGGAAGGCCCUGGGCCUGGAUAAAGCCAUUCUUCACAGCAUAGACUGCUGUUCAUCUGAUGAUACCAAAAAGAAGAUGUACAGUUCCAUCCUGGUGGUAGGAGGUGGUUUGAUGUUUCAUAAAGCUCAAGAAUUUCUGCAGCACAGAAUUCUCAACAAAAUGCCACCUUCAUUCAGGCGAAUUAUUGAGAAUGUGGACGUGAUCACAAGGCCCAAGGACAUGGAUCCCCGGCUGAUUGCAUGGAAAGGAGGGGCCGUGCUGGCUUGUUUGGACACGACACAGGAGCUGUGGAUCUAUCAGAGAGAAUGGCAGCGCUUUGGUGUCCGCAUGUUACGAGAGCGAGCUGCUUUUGUGUGGUGAAAGUGGGCAGGAAGUCAGUGUUGAAGACCAAAAAUAAGCAUCCUGGUAUAAAGACUCUUAAAGAAUAUAUGUAUUUUAAUUUAUUGACUCAGAUGCUUAAGUUUCAUGGAAAAUAAAUGAAUUUUAACUUUUAUGUUGACA